AUGGAUAAUAAGAAAACUAAAACUAUUUAUCAAUUGGAUACUCCAUUCACUACGGUUCAAUGUAUAUUAUCACCAAUUGGAUCAUAUCGUUCCAAUCACAUUAUUCCAUCCAAAGGAAAGCGCAGCAAAAAGCGCAAAAGAAGAGACUCAAAGGCAGGAAAUGAGAAGUCCUCAGAAACUCCUCCGCCACCUGAAAUAUCUUCCCACAUUGUUACAGGGCUUAACAGUAUCCAUCGAAUGCUAGAAGAAUCGUCCAAAAAAGUCCUGGAUACCAAAGCAAAUCCCGAUUACCCUAAAUCCGAGACCAGCCCCCAAACCAAGGAUGUCUUCAAGCCCGAUUCCCAUUUCUCAGCCAUAUUCGUCGCCCGCUCCGAUCAACCCCCAAUCCUCAACUCCCAUCUCCCACAAAUCAUCGCCACAGCCUCAAAAGCACAUCCUACCAAACCAUCCACAAGAUUAGUACAACUACCCAAAGGAUCCGAAAUUCGAAUAGCCGCAGCACUCGGUCUAUCAAGAGUUUCAUUCCUAGGAAUUCUUGACGAUUCACCUAAUUCUAAGGCUUUGGUUGAUUUGAUUCGGGACUGUGUGGAGGAAAUACAGAUACCUUGGUUGGAUGAGGCUAGGAAGACAGAGUAUCUGGGGACGAAGAUUAAUUCGAUUCAAACUUCGAUAGGGGCGGUGAAGGCUAAAUGA